UCUCUCUCUCUCUCUCCUUCACACACGCACACGCGCACGCGCAAGUACACAGAGGCAAUGGCGGAGAACAGACGGACCCCGGCGGCGAAGAAGAGAGCGGCCGACGCGGCGGCCGAUGCUGAGCAGGAGCUCGCGGCGGCGAGCAGGAAGAGGGCGGCGCUCGGAGAUAUCACCAAUUUACCCAAUCCGAUCGUCCACGCGAAGGGCGGUGGCGGCGGAGGCGGCGCCACGAAGAAGACCAAAGUCAAGAUCGUCGGCGAGUCAACGGCCGCGGCAUCCGCCCCUUCGACGGCGGCAGAGGAGGGUGGUGACCGCGGAAUUGAUCCACCGACGCGCGGAGCUUACGGUUCCGACAUCUUUCGGUACCUUCGCAACAGGGAGAUGGAGCCGAAGAGGAGACCAUUGCCUGAUUACAUGGAGAAAGUUCAGAAUGAUGUAAGUCCCAAUAUGAGAGGGAUUUUGGUGGACUGGCUGGUGGGAGUUGCGGAGGAGUAUCAGCUUGUUUCGGACACGCUCUAUCUCUCCAUCUCUUACAUCGAUAGGUUCUUGUCUUCGAAUGCUUUGUCUAGGCAAAAGCUUCAGCUGCUUGGUGUUUCCGCAAUGCUCAUUUCCUCAAAGUACGAAGAAAUCGCCCCUCCUCACGUAGAAGAUUUCUGCUACAUGACAGACAACAGUUAUACUAAAGAAGAGGUGGUACAAAUGGAGGAUGAUAUAUUGAAGGCUCUGGACUAUGAAUUGGGCAAUCCCACAAUAAGGACAUUCCUAAGGAGAUUCAGCACUGUUGCUCAAGAAGGUCACAAGGUAACAGCUUUUUUGCUUAUCUUAAGUUUGUAUAAUUGGCUAACAACACAUUGUAACUCACAGACUACGAAUUUGAAACUGGAGUUCUUGGGCUACUACCUUGCCGAGCUAAGUUUGUUAGAUUACACCUGCGUGAAAUUCUUGCCAUCUGUUGUUGCUGCAUCUGUCACAUUUUUAGCUAGAUAUAUCACGCAACCAAGAACUCACCCCUGGACUUCAAGCCUACGAAGGUAUUCAGGGUACACCGUGAAGGACUUGAAAGAGUGCGUUCAGAUCAUACACGACUUGUAUUUGGGGAGAAGAGGAGGCUCCUUGCAAGCUGUGCGAGAAAAAUACAAGCAGCACAAGUUUAAACGGGUAGCUGUCAUGCCUUCUCCUCCAGACAUCCCAGCCUCUUAUUUCAAAGAUGUCAAUGAGUGAUCAAACAAAUUUUGGGUUGGGUGUAUGCUGGCGAACUGAUAUGGCAGCAAAUAAUUUAGCUAUGCACCAAGCAAGUGUAACGUCUGACAAGGGCCGCCAUAUGUUGCCCGUCAUACCAUAAAAACGCUGACGAGGAAAACUAUGUUGUCCAUAAUACAAGGAGCUGCUAACAUUGAUUUA